AUGACCUUGACACUGAUUGCCUUCAACUGGUAUCUGCCGACGGUGAUUACGAGUUUUGGAUUUGUCGGGCUGCCAGCGAAGCAGCUCCUCAAUAUACCACCUGUGGCAGCCGCCAUUCUCGGCAUCGCUUUCACAACCUGGGUCACUGGAAGAGCUUGGAUUUCAAGGCCACUUUGUGUCACGCUCCUCACUAUCGGCUCCAUGAUUGCCCAUAUCGUCUUGAUGACUGCAGGCUCGGCGGGCAAAUAUGCAGCAUGUAUCUUGGGCUAUGCCUCCAUCAACAGUCUUUAUCCUCCCUACUGGGCCUGGAGAGGAGCCUAUCUCAACGGCGCCAGCGGAGCUGCCUUCGUCAUCGGCUUCCAGAGUGCCUUUGGCAAUAUCGCCGCCGUCAUGUCGCCGCAAUUCUUCCAAGCCGAGUGGAAAAAGGCUGGCUACAAGCAGAGCUUUGGAAUCUGCCUCGGCAUGGCUGUUGCCGCCUUGAUCGCCGUUCUGUACAGCUGGCGAUUGACUUGCAAUGUCGAAAGGUAA